GCAGCGUUUGAGUAGUAAUUACUAAAAAUGUUGUGCAAAGCCGUUCUAUUCGUGGCACUACUGGGCGCUAUCGGCGCCCUACCCACCGACGGGCCGGUCGACUACAGCCACCAUAAGAUCGUCAAAAUCCUACCCAAACGUUACGGCGAUUUGCAGCGACUUCAUCGACUCAAAGAUGUCUUCGACACAAAAGUGGACUUCUGGAACCCGCCGGUGGCCGACAUGAGGCCGGUGCUGACGCUGGUGGGCCCGGACAGCGGCUACCAGUUCUUGAGGUCGUUGAACGCCUCCCGCAUACCGUACGAAGUGGUGGCCAACAGCUUCCAGAAGGUGAUCGACAACGAGAGGGCGGAGAUGAGGGCGCACCGGCUGUACAGUAGAGCCGGCUUUGAUUACGAGAAGACGUACCAUACCUACGAUGAGAUUGUCGCUGAACUCACAUCCAUAUCCAGCCCGAAAGCCAAGUACGCCAGCAUUGGUAAGACCUACCAGGGCCGAGACAUACCGUCCAUCACCAUCACCAACACGGGCGGUAGCGGCAAAAAGGCUAUAUUUCUUGAAUGCGGAAUUCACGCCCGAGAAUGGGUGACAACAGCGGCCUGUCUGUGGAUCGCCAACGAGUUGAUCACCAAAUCAGACUACGACACCAUUUUGAACAAAUACGAGAUCAUUAUAGUACCGACGCUCAACUCGGACGGUUACGUCUAUACGCACACCUCGAACAGGAACUGGCGUAAAACUAGGUCCCAAAACGGCCUGUGCUAUGGUGCCGAUCCUAAUCGAAAUUGGGACGCCUCGUGGUGCUCGGCCGGUGCGUCCAGUAGCCCGUGCAGUGACACCUACUGCGGAACGGCAGCCUUUUCCGAGAUUGAGGCCAAAAAUAUGGCCAAUUUGGUGACGACUAAGCGUGGUAAUGUCGCCGCCUAUUUCUCGGUGCACAGCUAUAGUCAGCUAUGGAUGUAUCCCUGGGGCUAUAAAACUGCCAGCCCACCCAACGCCAAACAAUUGGACGAUUUGUCGGCUUUAGGUGUUAAUGCUAUUAAAGCGGUCAAUGGUCUCACAUUCACCAAGGGAACUAUUGCCAACACUAUUUGCUCAAGUAUUGAUUGGGCUUACGAUAAGGAGGGCGUGACCAUAGCCUUUGCACUGGAGCUCCGGGAUAAGGGUGACUAUGGGUUUGUACUGCCGGCCAGUCAGAUACUACCCGCCUCUAAGGAGACGUGGGCUGGUAUUAAGGCGGUCAUCGAUGGCCUGCCAGCCUAAGCGACUACUGUAUUGAUUAUAAUUUGCUUACAAUUGUUGGGAUUUAUUUGAAUAAACAGAUUAUUAUUUAAUUAUUAAAA